CGCACCUCUAAUCACAUAUUAAUAAUCCCCGAACCCGCCGCCCAUAAUCUUCCCUCCGUUCUCAUACCAUACCAUAUCCUACUCCCCCCUGCGCAUCGAGUUUUGGCCCCAUCUCAGCAGGAUUGGUCAGGAUUCCCUGUGGUCCUUCCGGCAAAGCGUGAUCUUGGGCGGUUUUCGCGACACGACGAGCGCAUCAUGGCGAGGUUCUUUGCCAGGAGGCGCGGCGAUGAGCAGGGCGAGAAGGCGCCCACGCCGGCGCAGGAGGUAUCGCCGGCGGAACACAGCAGCGAGGAGGGUGCCGUCGAUGAGGGGACCGAGGAUGACCUGCACCGGGGAAUGAAGCCUCGGCAACUGAAUAUGAUGGCCAUUGCGGGCGCCAUUGGAACCGGUCUUGUUAUCGGCACUGGCACGUCGUUAAAAUUCGGCCCCGGCUCCCUCCUCAUCGGAUACGCCUUCAUGGGCUUCGUCGUCUAUGUGGUCAUGGUCGCGCUUGGGGAGAUGGGCGCCUGGCUGCCCAUGAAAAAGAGUUUCUCCGGGUACGCAUCGCGCUUCGUCGACCCAGCCAUGGGGUUCGCGACGGGAUGGAACUACUUCUUCAAAUACAUCAUCGUGCUGCCGAACAACUUGACCGCGACGGGAAUUCUGCUCCAAAAGUGGCGGCCAGAUAUCAAUGUGUCGGUCUGGAUCGUCGUCUUUGGCGUUUGCAUCAUCCUGCUCAAUAUGAUUCACGUCUCCUUCUUUGGUGAAGCCGAGUUCUGGAUGUCGCUCAUCAAAGCCCUCGUCAUCCUGAUGCUGAUCCUGCUUUGCUUCAUCAUCGCACUCGGCGGCGGCCCGAGCGGCGUGCGCACCGGCUUCUACUUUUGGCAGAACCCCGGCGCCUUUGCCCCGUACACGACGACAGUGGGCGGGGAGACCACUAUCAUCGGCGGCGACACCGGCCGCUUCCUCGGCGUCUGGGCGUGCAUGGUGCAGGCUACGUUCGCCUACCUCGGCACGGAACUGGUCGGCGUGGCUUUUGGCGAGACCCCGAACCCGCGCAAGAACGUCCCGCGCGCCGUCAACCAGACCCUUCUGCGCAUCGUCUUCUUCUACGUAGCCGGCGUGCUGGUCCUCGGCAUGGCCGUGCCCUACAACAGCCCGCUGCUACUCGAUGCCACGAAGAAGGGUACCAGCGGAUUGGCCUCCCCUUUCGUUGUCGCCGCCCAGAUCGCAGGUGUUAGCAAGCUCGACGACGCCGUCAACGGCCUGCUGCUCAUCUUCACCAUCAGCGCGGCCAACUCGGACAUCUACCUGGCGUCGCGCACCGUCUGGGCGCUGGCCAAGGACGGGCAGGCACCACACCUGAUGCAGCGCACCAACAAGCGCGGCGUGCCCAUCCCCGCCGUCGCCCUCUCCUCCAUCUUCAUCGCGCUGGGCUUCAUGAACGCGACCAAGUCGGCCGCCACCGUCUUCGGCUACUUCGUCUCGCUCGUCACCGUCUUUGGCGCCCUCAACUGGAUCGCUGUGCUGGUCAGCUACCUGGCCAUGAUGAAUGCCAUGAAGGCCCAGGGCGUCCCCCGCGAGAUCAUGCCCUACCGCAAUAUCCUUCUGCCCUGGGGCGCCUACAUCGCCCUGCCCAUCACCACCCUGGUUAUCGUCUUUAGCGGGUACUCGGCCUUCAUUCCGCACUUCCAGGUCGACAAGUUCUUGACGGCGUAUAUUGGGAUUCCGGUCUAUGUUAUUAAUAUAUUUUGGUGGAAGUACGUCAAGAAGACCAAACGGGUCCAGCCGGUGGACGUGGAUUUGGUGACGGGAAGGCGGACUUAAGAACCGGGGGGGGGGGACCUCUUAGCGUGGUGUUCGGCGCCAGGGGGGAUCCUCAGGGG